AUGAAAGCCGGCCGCAGUGCAUGCACUCGAGACCCCCUUUCGCUCUUCCCCCGGUUGCUGCGACGUCGCCCAAUGGACGUGUCUAAUUUCUCCCGGAGUUCACGUCCAGGUGACGAGAGGAGGGGUGGAGACAAGGACGGACGUAGAGAACACCGUAGCAGGAUGUCUUGGACGGAAGAGACGCAGGAACGUUUUUGCAAAUCACUUCAAGCGAAACAAAGCCGAGGACGCACUGGCCUUGGGUACGGAAGCGGAGGCGGAGCGACGAGUUCCGCGCCAGCAGGAACUGAUCUCAAAGAGUUUUUUGUUCGAGGUCUUGAAAGUGUGUACGAGCAGGCGGCGCUAGAGAACAGAACCGAGGUUGAACGGAAGCGAGCCAGAGACGAAGGGCGGCGCUGCGAGGCGAGGUCGAGGCGAAGUCAGAACCACAGCUUUAGUGGGAGGGGACCGCGCCGGUCAGCCUCGACCUCGACUUCUACUGAGCGGUUUGAAAGCGGCAGAAAGAGAUACCGGCGAGAAACGAAGCGCGGGAGGGAUUCCAGUGGGAGUGAAGCGCGGGGGAGACGACGAUGUCGGAGUCGAGGAAGCAGCGUAGAGACCCUAACACGCUCACGUGGAGGGCGAAGCCCCAGUCUAGAGAAGAUCAGAGCUGCACGAGACAGGUCAAGCCUAGGGAGAAGCGGAACAUCGCGCAGUUCACGCAGUCUGAGCAGUAGCAGAAGGCGCAGAACGCGCGAAAGCAAGCAUUUACAGUCAAUUCAGGGGUCAAGAUGGAAGUCUUCGGGUUACCUUGCUCGUGCUUCGGAGCAACGAGAAACGGUUUCUCGAUCCCCAGAGGCCCGACGGGUACAGAAUUGUUCGGGGGUUACAGAGAACGUUCACCACGGCGACUCGAGCUCCAAGCAUCGGGACACACGACGUUCGUCCUCUCCCAACAGCUACGGGGAGUCUAGACGCUGUUCCAACAUGCCCGUUCCUGCAGGGGCCAGCAAUGCACCUCCACAAAGCGCUGCCAGGACCCGCGACUUCGACAAGGGUAACAGGGUUGCGCACGUGCAAACGAGCUCCAAUGAUGAACCAGAUUUUGAGAGGCACUAUUCGGUAGCCACUUCCACCCGUCACACAUCGCAGUCUCAAAGUCCCUCUGGCGAUCCCGCGACUCACGCACUCCGGGAACGAGUUCGUGAGAGGCUGAAGGCAGCGGAGAGCGCUUGGCGUUCCAGUAACCUGGGAACGGACAAAUGUCCGAAGACCGGUCGAGAGGGAUGGCUCGCGACAGUGAAGGCAAUGAUAGAUGAAGAAAGCAAGGAGGCGGCAGACGACAGCAAAUGGGACACAAUGAUAUCAAAACAGGAGGAACGCGAAGAUCGAAUCAAAAUCCAGGCACUCAUAGAUCAGGAAGAUGAGACGGUUUUUUCUUCCUUUCUAGAAAAGAGAAGGCAAGGCAAUCAACAGCUGUCGGACCUCAACCAAGCAUCCAGUGAGGUGACGAUGGCAACCAGGCACCAAAGCGCAUCCACAGGCAGCUCUUCCGGCGUCGCAGCAGAAGCUUCACAUUUAGAAGCAAUUUUUGGAGCCGGAAGCAUUCAGGCCAGCAUACCGAAACAGGCCGUGGACCCGAUUCCGUCGUCCGAAUCUUCUAGAUGCCAAGUUACCGCUACGGUAGCAGGAGUGAACGGAGUCGCCCUUCUAGCUGACUCAGUUCUGAUGCAGAGUGGGCACACUGGAGCAGCAUGGAAGCGUCGCCGGCAGCUUAGUCAACGCACGUAUGUGCCAUAGGCAUAGUGUUCGCUGCCCAACCUACUAAGUGCGCUCGUUAUUGGCUGGCAAAAAGGAUAUUCGGUUGCAGCGAUGUGUUGUGGCGGUCACGUCGCCAUGACGGAAUCGAGAAAAGGCACAUCGAGGCUGACGAGGCUGAGCCUAUUAGAGAUUCCCUCGUUGAACGCUUUUGAAUUUCCGAUUUAUUCAAAUUAGUGAGGUCCGGUCAUCCUCUCAAGCCGACCCCCCCAACGUAUCCCCUGUUCGUAAACAACCCCUUUCAUCGCUGUUAGUCUGUGCUGUGGUUUCUCCACGUCACACCGGUUUCCUGCUGAAGAGUCAGUGCAUGCGUUCGACCACGCCAACUUUCGGUAGUUUGUGUUGCAGAGGCCAGGUACAAAUGCCUGCGUAUUUCUUAUUCAUUAUUAUAGCGAUGGCAUGAUGCUCCGUUGGUUGCCCGCAACAAUCAUUUCCUGUGCCUUAACAUCAUGACUGUCUAAGUAUAUUGUCCCUGAA